UAUAUUUUAGAUGUAUUUUUGAUGAAUACUCACUGGCUGUAGACUGCAUUGUGCCCUGGUGAAGAAAGGUUCAAAGGAAUUUAUUUCUCAUCCACACAGAGGAACACUGGAUCAAACUGGGCGAAUGAAAUUCUCAGGAUAACAGCAGCAGCUGCUCAGAAGAAACAACAAUCACAGCCAGGAGUCCAACUUGCCUUUGAUUGCAGGCCGGGGGUCUUCCACUUCUGUUGGUUGCAGGUAUGAAGCUGCUAGACUGGUGCAUGCUGGGAGGGACCGUCCUGCUGCUGAUGUGCGAGGUCGCCGUCAGCCAGCUGUGUAAAUCCCUCAUCACCCUGGUAGAUGGUUUCCACACGCUCUUCCUCCUCAUGCACAUGACUCUUCCUCUCCAUCAGACCACAAUCAAAUCUCUGAUCUCCUCCUUGGACUCCUCUGCGUCUCCUCCACCUGCUUCCUCCAUCACAUCUCCACCUGCCACCCAGACCAACACCGAAGCAUCAACCACCCCAGAUGAGACCAAACAUGAGACGGCUACACUGUUCAACCACACCUCCCCUCCAGGAGCUCCAGCCUGUGGUCUGUCCUACCCCAGCAGCAGGAUCCCGGCUGUGGGGGCUUUCAUCUCCGCCCUCCUGCUGGCCUCUCUGUGUACGUCCUACUUAAUGGAAAUCGUCAGCUUCUGUCUGGACCCACACCCAGUACAGCGCCCCCUGCUGCUGCUGGUGGUCGGAGCUGCCGGUCUGCUCCACAAGAUGCUGGUGUUUGGGCUGAACUGGGAUCAGCUGCAGGAUGAGAAGCUGGUCGGCAGCAGGCAGCUGGAAACUGAAUCUCACAUUCAAGUGAACCGCGAAGCCCUGGCUGAAGAGGAAUCCAUAGGCCGGGAGGAAUCCCAAGACAUCAGCCAAUCGCAAGUCGUGUCUGCUGUGGACGACUCGCUCCACAGUGGGGCGUUUGUCCUCUGUAAUCCAGGAACCUCCAGCGCUCCUGACACCGACUUCCAAACUCCACAUCAACAACCAGAAGUCCGCCUGCACGACUGUGAAGAAGGGAGCGGCGCUGAAGAUCUGAAGGCUUGCAAGUGUGAGAGUUCUUCAACAGACGUCACAGAGAGACGGAAAUACAACAUCUGCCAGGGACACGUUGACAGCCAAAAGCAACCUAAUACCUCCCCGACCUGCAAGUCAUCACGUCACACUGAGAGACCUGAGCCAAGCAGACAGUGGCCAGUCUGCCUCCUGACGUUGGUUUUUGCCAUUCGGGGACUUUUUACAGCUCUUCUGGCUCUGAUCAACAGCCUGGUGAUGCUGCUGAUGGCCCCACAGUUCCUGCACAGCUCUGGUGCUUGUAGCGUCCUGGUUUACCUGGAUCCUGGCCUCUCUCUGCUGGCUGUCAUCACACUGAUUGCCACAGCUCUGCCACAGGUGUAUCGGUAUGGACUGCUGCUGCUACAGGCCUCACCUCCACAGAUUUGUGUGUCUGAUCUUGGACGGAAGAUUGCGAGCGUUCCUGGAGUGCAGGCUGUGCACGACCUUCACAUCUGGCAGCUGACUGAGUCCCUCCUGGUGGCUUCUGUCCAUGUGCACUGCUACGCUGGGCUUCCUGCACACAGAAUAAUUUCACAUGUGUCCAGGUGUGCUGAUCUGACGUCGAGGGUCACUAAAGUGCUUCAGAGUGUCGGAGUGACUUGCUGCACCGUUCAGCCAGAGUUUGCCUCCUGCUCUGGUUUCUCUGCAGGCGGCAGCAGUGAUGCCUCCCCUGUCGUCCACAGAGAGGACCCCUCCCCGCCUCCUCCCCUGGCCUGCAGCCUCGCCUGUAGGAAGGCCUGUGCUGGGAAUAUGUGCUGCUCUCUGCUGGAGGAGGAGACCAGGAACCUUCUGGCACCACCAUCUGAAGAGACAAGGGAAGAGCCUCAGACUCUGGUCAUCGAGAACACCUUCCUCUGACUGUCAGUUUUAACCAAAGAAAUCACUCUGCUAGUCUGGCAGCCAAAGGUUGUGGUCCCCAUCAUGAGAUCUGGGGUGGUGUGUUACUUUUGAGCAAUUUUAAAUAUAUAAGUUGGUUUCCAGUUUAGCUGCCUUGGAGGAUCACACUUCAAAAUCUUCUAGAAUUUCAAGAUUUCCUACCAGAAACAAUGAUAUUUUGGCCAAGAUUGGUGUUUUUGUGUCCAAUAGAUUCAAUAAAAGUAUUGGCUAUACUGUUGCUGUGUUAAGUACCAAUAGGGCCACUAUUAUGCCAUAAAUCUCCAGAGUUCGGACCUUUGGCUGCCAGAGUAUGGAGCAGAAAAAGUGAAUAAAAAUCCAGAUCUACGUAAAUGUGAAGAUGAAGAUGGAGAAUGUUGGGGGAACUAACUGAUGUGAAGAAAUGUAUCUCUUUUUAAGCGUUUUUCUAGUUUUGCGACAUUACCAAGGUGCUACUCCAAACAUUUUUGUGCAAUGUCAAGUGAAAAUAUGUGACAAUUAAGUCUUUAUUUUAUUGUGUUGCUUGAUUUAUAGUGGAAACUCUGCAUUCUCAGCAAUGUUUGAACUGAACAAGAAUAAAUGAUAACAUUGA